UAUUUGUCUCUGCCGGCGAAGGCUGAUCGCGGAAGUGUGUGUGUGUUGAAGCUUGGCAGGAGGUGAGUUUGCUGUGCCAGUCCGCCAGUGUCGAUGAGUCCUUGCUGAAGAGCAGAUAGUUGUGGGUUCACUUGGUCACCUUGUACCUCAGAGGUGCCUGGAGGAAACUGAGGGGGUCUCGGGAGAGAGAUGACCGCCAGGCAAGUUCUCUGCCGGCUGCUCCUCGCGGGGUUGCUGCACGCCUUCACCGCGGAAUGCAAGACCCACAUUUCAGUUGUCCUAGUGGGGGCCACAGGGGACCUGGCCAAGAAGUACCUGUGGCAAGGCCUGUUCCAGAUGUACAUGGAGCAAGUUGACGCCGGGCUGCACGGUUUCAGCUUCUACGGCGGCACUCGCCUCCCUGCCGCCGAAGGCGCUCCGGCCAUGUACGAGAUACUCAAGGGUCUGUCGUGCCUGCCCAAUGUGCCUUCGGUCAAGUGCGUUGUGUUGAAGGACCAGUUCAUCAAGCUGUCCCGCUAUCACCAUAUGAACACCGUGGAAGACUACGCCAAACUCGACAAGAAGAUGGAUGAGCUGCUCGGCCAGGAGGGCCUCGAGGAGCAAGGCCGCCUGUUUUACCUCAGCGUUCCCGCCUUUGCCUACGUCGACAUCGCGACCAAGGUCAACGCCACCUGCCGGCCCAGGGAAGGGGCCUGGUUGCGGGUCGUCUUGGAAAAGCCCUUCGGACACGACCUCGAGUCGGCACAGACGUUAGCCGAGGAGCUGCAGAGGUUUCUCCGUGAGGAGGAGAUGUACAGAAUUGACCACUAUCUUGGCAAGCAGGCGAUCGCCUACAUCUUGCCGUUCCGUAAUGACAACCACAAUUCCCUGGAUCCUAUCUGGAACCAGCAUCACAUCGAGAGAGUGGAAAUAGUCAUGAAAGAGACAGUGGAUGCGAAAGGUCGCACCAGCUUUUACGAGCAGUAUGGCGUCAUCUGCGAUGUGAUUCAGAACCACCUGACGGAGAUACUGACCUUCGUGGCCAUGGAGACGCCGAGCAACAUCAGCGACGCGGAGGAGAUCCACAGGAACAAAAUGAAGGUGUACGCGAGCUCGCAGAGGCUGAGUAAGCGGAGCGCGGUGCUGGGCCAAUACCAAGCGUACAACGGCGAGGUGGUGCACGAGUUAAAGAAGCCGGCUGACUACAGAACCAACGUGCCAACAUUUGCCGGGGUAGGGAUCUUCCUGGACAGCCCGCGGUGGGACGGGGUGCCGUUCAUCCUGUCCGCUGGAAAGGCUCUGGACGAGCGUGUGGGAUACACCCGCAUUCUGUUCCGGAAUAAAGCCUUCUGCCUCCAGAGCGAGUCGACGAGGAGAGCGGAGUCCAGCCAGUGCAAGCCAAAGCAGAUUGUCUUCUACGUGGGCCACGGGGACUUGAACUUCCCAGCGAUCCUGGUCAGCAGGAACCUCUUCAAGCCGGUGAUGAACCCGGCAGAAUGGAAGCAGAUGACCGAGCUUCCGGACCUGCAAGUCUUUGGGCUUCCCUUGUCCGACUACCACGUGUACACGCCGGUGAUGCAGAAGGAUGCGUACGCGGUGCUGAUCCCGCAGAUACUGCGAGCGAGGCGAGACUCCUUCAUCAACACCGAGGAUCUGCUGGCAUCCUGGAGGCUGUGGACCCCGCUGCUGAGGGAGAUGUCCGGGGCCCCCCCGCGCAUUUACCCUGGUGGGCUUCACAACGCCGCCCUGCUGGACCUCACGGUGGCGGGGUUGUUGGUGUCCUUCAACGAGCCCGAGCCCCUGGUGGUCAUCUCGCCCGACCUUCACCCUCAGCUGCCGAGCGACUACAAGGCGGUGGAGUCGAGCUACCGCGGCCACAAGCUGGUGUCAGCGAGCGGCGAGGACCUGGUGGCCCGGCUGGCCUCCGAUCUCCAGCGGGCCGCGGAGGAGACGGUGCGGCGGAGCGGCCGCUUCCACCUGGCCCUGUCGGGGGGCUCCAGCCCCGUGCGCCUGUUCCAGAGGCUGGCCGCCCACCACUGCACCUUCCCCUGGCGGCAGACCCACUUCUGGAUGGUGGACGAGCGUUGCGUCCCGCUGCACGACGCCAAGUCCAACUUUGGAAGCCUCCACGACCACCUCCUGCGCCACUUCAAGAUCCCCUACCUCAACAUCCACCCCAUGCCCGUCCACAUGAACCGCCGGCUCUGCGUGGAGGAGGACCACGGGGCCGACCUCUACGCCAACGAGAUCAAGACCCUGGUCAACGGCUCCAGCUUUGAUUUUGUUCUGCUGGGGGUGGGCUCGGACGGGCACACUGCCUCCUUGUUUCCCCACAGCCAGGCGCUGGGCGAGGGCAAGAAGCUGGUGGUGCUGUCGGAGAGCCCGCUGAAGCCCCACCAGAGGAUGACCCUGUCCCUGGGCGCCAUCAACAGGUCCAAACACGUGGCCAUCUUGAUAACCGGCAAGGCCAAGCACCCGAUCGUCAGCAAAAUGAACAAGGCAGAGGAGAACUCUCAGCAAUGGCCUGUUACAAGUGUCCAGCUCGCCAACGGUCAGCUGGUGUGGUACAUUGACUCCGAUGCUCUCUUUGGUUGACCCCCUUCCUGGGAUCACGUUCUUCUCUCCGACAAUUUGAACUCCAAUGCUGUGAAAUGAUCUGAAAUUGCCUCUUGUUUAAUGAAGUGGUGGUGUCCUGGGUGGGGGGGUGGGACUGAGGUUUAAUUCUGAAUGUAGCAAUAUUAUGUUAAGAGUGACUUGAGAGGAUGUAGGGGAAGAUCUACCUCAUCCUCUGGUCCAAACUUGUGGGAGAUGUCACCGCGGUUGUUUUCCUUGGACAAAAUGCUCCCCGUCACGGCAGGAUGCCCACUCCAUCGUCCAGCCACUGCCGAGGACAGCAGGACAUUCUCACACCACAAAGAAUGUGUGUAGUCUUUACGAUGUUUUCCUAAAUCUUCCAGUGGUGCCUCAUUCAUCCCAUUGAAGCUGCGUGCAGCUUCAUCGCAAAAGCAGACCAGGGCAAAGGCCAGAAACACUCUGCAGGUCGGGCAGCACCUGUGGAGGGAGAACCAGUGUCAAUGUGCCGCCCUGAUCUGCCCAGCGUUUUCCAGCAAACCUGCCUCACUGUUUAAUGUUACAGAACACAGUUCAAAGCCGUGGAUUCCGUCCAAAGUUGUCAAUGAAGUAUGGUCCUUUUUACUGACCGAUGGGGUCCAAAGGUUGACCAAAAUGUGGGCGAGCAACUUCUCACAGUCACCCUUGGGUCUCCUUGCACUGAUGCCCUCAUUGAAAACGGUAGAGCUGCUUUCCCUUUGGUGGCAGAUACUCUUGGCUCAAUCCAGACCUUGUGCUGUAUCUGUGAGGUUUGCACCUUCUUUCUGUGUAUCCUCCAGGUGCUCCGGUUUCCUCUUGUAUCCCGGUUUGUCGACUCAUUGGCCUCUGUAAAU